GAUGUUUGACUAGUUCAGUCAGAAUCAACUUAUUGGUUUAGUUUACUACGGUAUAUAUCUAUUCCAUUGAUAUUGAUUAAUAGCUACUUGCUUGUUUAGUUAGUUCUUUAUCCAGCAAAGUAGGUAGGCUCUGGUUCCUCUUUGGCCAAUCCAUCUGCCUUCAAUCGGUGGACUAAGUUGUCAAUGCGGUUCACGUGUGCUUCCAAGAGAGCUUUUUGGUCUUCCAGCUGGUUGAGCAGCGCUUCGUGCUCUUCAAAGUUGCAUUCAUCGGCCGCCAAUGCUUCGUCUGCUUGCAAGCAAAGUUCAGCUACGUUCUCAAUGCACAUUUCGUCAAUGUCGCUCAGCUUUUGAGAUUGCAACUUUGUCUUAUUAAUAGUAGCACUAAUACUAAUACUAGUAGUGGUGGGUGCUACCGGUAGCGUGAAAGCGCUUGCAAGAUCUGACACAAACAGCACUAGAGCUAAGGAAGCGACUGAAAUGAGCUUCAUGUUGGAGAGCAAGUAGGUAGUAGGUAGGUAGGAGAUAGGUAUAGGUAGAAUGGGUGCUUAAGCUUGCUAUUGUAGCUAGCUAAACCCAAUAAAAGUGAGAAGAUAAUGGCAAGCAACAGACAAUGAGGAAGAAGAAGAUUGCUGGUGGAGGAACAAUGCAAUCCAAUCAAUCUGUUUGCGAAGGGCGGUCUGUUAGGUCAAAGGGUACAGUAUCUUAUUGUGAUGGCUCAGCUUUGGUUCAGCCUUCCCAAGAUCUUUCAGUCACUGACAGCGUCCAGAUGGGGUGCAAUCUUAUCUGUCCUCAAUGGAAGUGACAACUGCCGGCUGCCGGAACUUGGUGGAGAACCCAUAGUAUCCAGUUAAGCUGAUUGAAACCUCAAGGUCGAGUCCAGGUCGAAGCAUCUCGGCACAUAGCCCGGAGCUACCGUACAGUAUUGAUAGGUCCGUAGGGAAUCUGCGACUGGAAAUUUUCAUCUGUGAGCUUCACGCCAACCUGUCGAGAAAUUUUCAUGUUGAGCUUGUCCCAUGGCUUGUCCAGGUUUUGGAGUAAAGGGCGAGAACAUCUCUUGUCAUUUUUCGAAAUCCAAAAUAUCACACUUUUUUGGGGGGUACAAGAAGCAAGUUGACGAUGGAGAGCAAUCAAUCACCAGGAACUUGGACGGCGCAGGACGUACAGUCUUGGGCAGCCCAGGCCAAACUUUCGCAAGACACCAUCGCGGCGUUGUUGGAAAACCAAGUCGAUGGACCUACUUUGGUUACCUUGUCCAAGAUAGAAUUGCGAUCCGAGCUGGGAAUCACCUCGUUGCCAGCCAGAAGGUAUCUGUGGGAUUUGAUCAAAAACUUGAAAGAGGAGCAAGAAUCCAGGGACUACUCGGUUGCCAUUAUGGCUCAUCAAGAAGAAAUACGGGCCUUUUCUUCCUCCACACCGCCCACAACAACAACAACGAUACCCGAAGGUCCCGAUGCUGCAUCAGGUGGAGCAAGCGCUUCCUUCUCGGCUGUCGUUCAGGAACUCGUCAUUGAUGCUCACCGUCAAAGACAAGUGGUUGAGGAUCACUUGCUGGCCCACAGGAUGCAGAGGGCCUUGAAGAUUGGACAGGAAUUUUAUGAAGACGCCGAGGUGGCACGCGAGGAACAAGAGCGCCUCAACCAACUCUUUGCCCAAGCAGAGUCCGACUUGCAAUAUGCCCAGACAUUGGCGCCCCCUGGGCAGCAAGUCAGGGAUCGAACAAGACACAUGGAACAAGUACGACCAGCCACAGCGUCAAUGCCAACGAUCAACGAUGACCACUUGCAGGAGGAAGAUCAGCAGGCAGUGCAGCGAGUUUCUUCGCUCUUUGGGCUCUCCAUCCAUGCUUGUUCGUCCAACAAGAUAAACGUGGCGGAAGCUUUCAGGACCGGAAAGAUCAAACCCAUUCCGCAACCUUCCAUUGUGAGCGACGACGACGAAGAAGAAGAAGAAGACGAAGAAGACACGGAUGAGGAAGAGGACGAUCGCAAACCACCGGCUGCUGUUGCAAAGCAUGAGGCUACCCUCCCUUUUGUACGUCAAUGUAACGUCUGUUUCGAAGAUCAAGUUAAGGGAUAUACACUGGCAUGCGGUCAUCGUCAGUGUACGCGUUGCACCAAGAAACUCUUCAAGACCGCUCUGAAGGACAACUCCCUGCUUCCCUUGAGGUGCUGUGAGAUUCCCAUUGAUAUGAACAUUUCCUCGCAGAUUCUGAAACCCCAAGACGCUGCUCGCAUUCUCAAGAGAGUGGCGGAGAUUGAAGCGACCAACAAGAUGUACUGUCCCUCGUGCAACGAGUUUCUCAACCUGGAUUUGAUCGACACGUUCUUUACUCACGACCUGAUUUGUAGUUGUGGUAUCGCGCUUUGUACAGUAUGCAAAACGGAGGCCCAUUCGGGCUUUACGUGUCAGGAGAACCAGGCCAUCAAGAAAGGUUCUGACGAACUUGUCCUCCAGGUUUCGCGGGAAAAGGGCUGGAAGCAAUGCCCGGGCUGUUCCAAUCUGAUUGAGCUUCGUUCUGGGUGCAAUCACAUGACGUGUGUGUACUGCCGCCACGAGUUUUGCUACAAUUGUCUAAAGAGUUGGGACACGAGGAAUGCGCAGUGCUCGUCUGGUCAGUGUGAACUUUGGGAAGAAGACCGACUUUUGGAAGCUGGGGAGGCACGUGUUCGUCAGGAAGAAGCAGCUCGUGGAAGAGUGUUGCCAGUGGUUGCUCGUCGUGAACUUCUUCGAAAUGCGGUGGAGGGACUUCGAGCCAAUGAAGUGUGCAUUCAUGAUUGGAGGCGCAGUGCUGGCUAUAAGGGCGACUGUCCCAAUUGCGGUUACGCAAUGUGGGUGUAUGGCAUGAGAUGCGCGUCAGACUGUGGUUCCACGGUCUGUUACACAUGUGCUCAUCAUCGUAUCCCUCAACGUGGUUGGCGUUAGAGCGCUUGGGCUUUGGAGAGCUCGAUCGAGCUUCCUAUAGGCUGAAUCUUACGUCCCGAUUUCGCAGAUGAUUGCUGGCUAUUCUAGCUAGACUAGACUAGUUAGAAGUGUUCUGGCGGCACCGGUACUAUUCAUAUACAGUAAUCAAAUUCUCGGAAAGCAAGUCUGCAUGAAUACUCGUAAAAGAAGAGAUGAUGGUCAAAAAGUCAAUGUGUUG